AUGAACUGGCACCUGUACGGGGAAACAGGCAAAGCUCUGGAGGGGCUGGCUUAUCAGUUUUCCCAGAGCACAGAAGAGCAGUGGUGCCCGCCCACCCCGCAAGAAGGAAAGCCUAGAAAAGUCCAGACCAGGUUUUCCCUCGCGCUUGCGCCCGGCGGGAACCUCGGGCCGGGGGCGGAGGCCGAGGGAGGCGAGACGCCUCGGAUUGGCCGGCCGGAGCUGCGCGGGGCUCGGCGGGAGCUUCGGUGCGCGCGGCCGGAGCUGCGCGGGGCUCGGCGGGAGCUUCGGUGCGCGCGGCCGGAGCUGCGCGGGGCUCGGCGGGAGCUUCGGUGCGCGCCGCGGUCCGGGAGUGGCGAGAUGGCCCCGCCGGAGCGGCGGCGGGUCCGCGGCCGUGCGGGUCCUAACUUCUUUCUUAGAGCGGUGUGUUCAAGGAACACUUCAGGAAGAACAUAUUCUGUGAGAGAAAAAGCCGGUCGGAAGCACGGGCCUCCUGACGUGUUUGAUUUUCCUGAUGAUUCUGAAAUUUCCAGCAGUGCCAGUGAGGGUAAGAAGGACGCAGAGCCUUAUGAGACUUUCGACCCUCCUCUCCACAGCACCGCCAUCUAUGCUGACGAGGAGGAACUCUCGCGACACUGUGGCUCAUCCGUCCGUUCAACCCCUCCGGGAGAGAAGGCGCGAGGCAGUGUGAACACUUCUGAAAAUAAAGCAAGUGAAGAUGAAUCCGUACAAAUCAGCGCCAAAAAGCCGGCAAGAAAACGUAAACCGCUCAGCGACGAUUCCGAAAGCUGUGAAACAAGUGAGAUGAGAAGAAAAGUUUCACAGCCAGAGAAAAUAAGUGUGCGGCAGUAUGAAGCUUCUCCAACUGGGAUGCCUUCGGGGACCCCAGGGACACCAGCCAAGUCAGCCCUGCCUGAGAGGCGAGGAGACCUGCGUGGCCAGGCGUCGGCUGAGAGAGACCCCCUGGCCACAUCGAGGCCGCAGAAAGCUCAGAGAAAGAAUGUGUGUCAAGGCAAAAGAAGGAAACCAAGAAGGGACACCAGCAGUGCAGAUAUUUCUGACAGCAUGCAUAUUUGGUGUCUAGAAGGAAAAAAGAGCAGUGACAUCAUGGAGUUGGAUAUUGUUUUGUCUGCGUUUGAGAAAACAAUCCUGGAGUAUAAAGAAAGAAUAGAAUCUAAAAUCUGUAAAGAAGCCAUCAAUAAAUUUCAUUUGAAUAUUAAAGAAGAACUCAUCAAAAUGCUUAAAGAAGCCCAGAUGUGGAAGAAUCUGAAAAGGAAGAAUGCUAAGGUGAUUUCUGAUAUCGAAAAGAAAAGGCAGCGGUUGAUUGAAGUCCAGGAUGAAGUGCUUCGGUAAGGUAG